UACAACUUCUUUUGAAUUAAAAAAGGGCAAAAAAACUCAGAAGAGGCAAGCCGCUGAUAAGGAAGAUGUCACGCGAAACCAUAAUGUGUGCCUUUGUGAUCUCCUGUGCUGUUUGGGCAGCAAUAUUCAGGACUACUGAGCUGGCAGUUCGCCUUGUAGGACCCAACACAUGUGAGGGACGUGUGGAAGUUUACUACGAUCAAUACUGGGGCACAAUUUGCGGCAUCUACUGGGACCUAAAUGUUGGCAAUGUGGUGUGCCGAGAGCUGAACUGUGGAACAGCAAUAGAAGCCUCUGUCAAUGACAAAUACAUACACUAUGGGAGCAGCUGGAAUUACAGUGGCCUGAGCUUCUUCCAGUGCAACGGAAAUGAGAGUGAGCUCCUAAGCUGUGCAUAUGAAUUAUAUCCACAUCAGCACAAUCCUAAUAAUGAUGGUGGAGUCAAAUGUACAGGCAUAAUUCAAGAAAACAGAAGAGAGUGGAUGCUUUUGAUGUAUCUCACAACAAGCGAGGCUCUAGAAAACAUUAACUACACUGAGCUUCAGAAUUCGGUGCUUCUGGGGAUCUCUUCUCUGACGAGACUGAAUGUGCUGGAGAUGACAUUUUUAACGGCUGAUAAAAUAUCAGGGAGAUAAAUUUUACAAGAAACAUCACCUGGAAUAUAUGAUUUAGAGACCUUUACAUCAAUGAAAUUGGAACAGCACUGUUUUCUCUCAUGAGCUUCCCUUUAGAGUAAAUGUAUGUUGAUCAGUCGGUGGUGGUAACAAAGAUACUUUCUCUUACACCACUACAAUGUUUUAUCUAGUGAUGUGCCACGUCUGCAUUAGCAACUAUAUACUGUUUCUUUCAAUAGUCUUUAAUAGAAUUUAUAUAAACAAGUAAAAAUGUGUUACAUAUAUGUGGUUGGUUCACAUUGCCCUUUUAUGGGCAACCAUAUUGGGUAAAAGGCUAGUAAAUUGCCCAUGCCACAUCAAAAUGAGCAUUGCAAGGAAGUAUAUUUUUUCCAUGGAUAAUUUGUGU